CUAGUUGGCUGGAGAAUGGAGAAAUGCGUGCUUGGAAGAGAGGUGUACACCUCCAACAACCAGCUAGGUGGGAUCCAGAUCAUGCACAACAACGGGGUGACCCAUAGCACAGUAUGCGACGACUUCGAAGGGGUCUACACCAUUCUUCAAUGGCUGUCUUACAUGCCAAAGAGCGUUUUCAGCCCAGUCCCAAUGAUCACCGUCAAGGACCCGAUAGAUAGAGCCGUUGACUUUGUUCCCACCAAGACACCUUAUGAUCCUCGCUGGAUGCUGGCUGGACGCCCUAACCCAGCUCAGAAGGGCCAGUGGCUCUCUGGAUUCUUUGACUACGGCUCCUUUUCGGAGAUCAUGCAGCCGUGGGCUCAGACAGUUGUGGUUGGCAGAGCCAGGCUGGGUGGAAUACCUGUUGGAGUGGUUGCGGUUGAAACCCGGACAGUGGAGCUGACCAUUCCUGCAGACCCUGCAAACCUGGACUCAGAAGCCAAGAUUAUCCAGCAGGCUGGCCAGGUGUGGUUUCCUGACUCAGCCUUCAAGACGGCUCAAGCAAUAAAGGAUUUCAACCGGGAAGGGCUGCCGCUGAUGGUCUUUGCAAACUGGAGAGGCUUCUCUGGAGGAAUGAAAGACAUGUACGACCAGGUGUUGAAAUUCGGGGCCUACAUCGUGGACGGUUUGCGGGAGUACAGGCAGCCUGUCCUUGUUUACAUCCCGCCCCAAGCGGAGCUGAGAGGAGGCUCUUGGGUGGUGAUCGACCCCACCAUUAACCCCCGGCACAUGGAGAUGUACGCAGAUCGGGAAAGCAGAGGAGGGGUUCUGGAGCCCGAAGGCACAGUGGAAAUCAAGUUCCGAAAGAAAGAUUUGGUGAAGACAAUGAGGCGUGUGGAUCCCAUCUAUGUGCGUCUGGCAGAACGACUUGGCACCCCGGAGCUAAGCCCAGCUGAGCGGAAGGAACUGGAGACCAAGCUGAAGGAACGGGAGGAAUUCCUAAUUCCCAUUUACCAUCAGGUAGCAGUGCAGUUUGCUGACUUGCACGACACGCCCGGCCGGAUGCAGGAGAAGGGUGUCAUUACGGAUAUUUUGGAGUGGAAAACAUCCCGCACUUUCUUUUACUGGAGGCUCCGGCGCCUUCUCCUUGAGGAUCUGGUCAAGAAGAAAAUCCAUGAUGCCAACCCAGAACUGACAGAUGGCCAGAUCCAAGCCAUGCUAAGACGCUGGUUUGUGGAAGUUGAGGGCACGGUCAAGGCGUACUUGUGGGAUAACAACAAAGACCUGGUGGAGUGGCUGGAGAAGCAGCUGACCGAGGAAGAAGGUGCCCGCUCGGUGGUGGAUGAAAACAUCAAAUAUAUCUCUCGGGACUACAUCCUCAAGCAGAUACGGAGUUUGGUGCAGGCCAACCCGGAGGUCGCCAUGGAUUCCAUCGUCCACAUGACCCAGCAUAUAUCAUCGACGCAGCGAGCUGAGAUCGUGCGCAUUCUCUCCACCAUGGACGCGCCUGCUUCAACGUAAGCAGGCAAGGCUGGAAGGAAAAGGUGCCCUGCCAUUUUGCUCCUGCCUUCAUCCAUGUACCUUGUCUCCCAGCAGGGGAAAUGCUGGGAAAGGACUUCUUAAUUAUUUUCUUCUUUUUUGUGUCUUUUUUUAAACUCAGACUUGAAUUUCAGAGUAGUCAUGCGAGACUUCAGGAAUGCAGGCUCCCCCCACAAACGUAACUUAUGGAUGUCGUACCGUAGUCCCUAUUUAUUUAACAAAGUGUAAACUGGACUUGCACCUCAGUCACUGUUGUGACUUCCAAUGAGAUCAUGAAAGGUACCCUGGUACCAUGAGGUCUUAAAUCAAGGGUGGGGCCGGGGUGUGACCACAGGGGCCUUCAGCAGAACCCCACCCCCACCCCAAGCUUUUCAUCUCGUGUACACUUUUUGUCCAUUGUGUCGGUUACUUGACUUUUCCCAACCUUCCAAAUGCAAAAGAUCCCGUGUUUGUCAGCCGUAUUUGGCAGCGGGGUGGUAGCGCCACCCCUAAAAGGGAGGCCCACAGCACCUGUUCUAAACUGGUUUAGACUCCUAUCGUCUCUCUCUCCCUGCUGGUGGCGAGGUCAUCCCCACUUCAUGCACAAAGUUUAAAUCAUCGCCCUUUUUUUAGGUCAUAUUAUUAGUUCUCUCUGUGCACGAUUGAUUGGCCAUCAGAUGUUUCAUUUCUGCGUUCAUGCAAUAAACCUAGGAAAGCCAGUCUGCAGGGUGGAUAAAAAGCUCUGCAAUGCUAAAAUAGUCAGAAAACAGUGUUUAUAAGAGGCUCCAGCCUUUGAUGGGAGAGGUUUCCCUUCAUUAUAUUGGACUUAGAGAAAUCUGAGGGCAUUUCUGUUUCAUAUGAAAGUUAUUUUGCAAGGUGACUGGGGCAUGAUCCCAUCUGAAAUCAUUCUGCCUUUUGCAGCAGAACGAACAAGGGCCACCCCAGCUAUAUAUCCCUUGUCCAUAAAGUGUAGCACAGACUUCCCCAAGCUGGUGCCCUCAAUAUGAUUCUGACGACAUCUCCCAUCAGUCCCUGCAUCACGUGGCUGUGCUACCUGAAUUGAGCCUAACUUUCCUUACAGCCUGGCUCUACCAUGAAGCUUUCAUGGAGCACAGCGUCUUGCCAUUCAGUCAGGAGCAGUCAACAUGGUGCUGUUCAGAUGUCCCUGGCCUCCACCUCCACAUCAGCCUCAGACAUCGUUCUUGGGUGUGGUGGAAGGUAUAGUUCAGCAAUGUGGGAGGGCACUGUGUUGGCCACCCCUGAAAGUAGGGGGCAUGGACUUGAAGUUGUUCCUGUACAGUAAACCCCACAGGUGCCUAUCCUUGCCUUCAAUUCCUUACAUACUUUGCUGGCAGUGCUGUCAAUUUGUAAGCUAGAAGUGGCACUUGCUUCUGUAAAUCAACACUUGCGGCCUUGGUGGGUGGUGGACCGGCUGGCUUGCGCCAGAGGACCUAACCUUGAACAGGUGGAGCAGAAAGGUAAAGCUGAGCAUCUCCUGCCCCAUUGGGUACAGGACACCCUUUUGUGUUGUCUCUUAAGACAGGGGGGAGGUAGGAAAAAAUGCAGCCUUGCGGGGGUGGUAACUGGCCUGCAUCUAAGCACUGCCGGCUGAGCAGCACUUUCGCCAAGGCACCAAUUCAGGGAGCUACGCUAGCGCAAUAGCAGGAAUUCACCUGCACACCUGUGGCCUUGCUUUUUUGGAGGGUCAGGUUGCCCAUUGGCAGCAGGGGGAUGGAGCAGAAUACAUAUGCUACGCUCGGUCAGGCUUGCCUUCCCUACAGCCACCAGCCUCUGCUGGAUCAGUCCAGUGGCUCAUCUGAGCCAGCAUCCUGUUCUUACAGUGGCCAAUGAGACGUCCCAAUAGGAAGUCCCAAAGCAGGAUGUCUGAUGGCUAACAAAGGGCCUACACACACAUACACCUCAAAUCUUGUGUGGGUGAGGAGGAAAUAAAAUAAAAGCAUGGAGAGUGAAGGAAACCACUCUCCAUUUAUCCCUCCCCCCUACGAUCAUGAGCGUACCUGGCUUUCGGGAAGGCAGUUGGGGGGCUCUGGCAAGGUCCUAGAGCCCUCACACUCCUUCCCAAAGCUGGGCAAGCACUUCUUAGGCUUUGGGAAGGCGGUGGGAAGAUUCUGGGACCCUGGCAGAGCCCUCACACCCCCUUCCCAAAAACCAGGUAAGCACCCCUCCACUUUAUGGGGAGGGGCAGUUCCUGGCUUUCUGCGUUUCUGCAUAUACAGAUGGACCCUUGGAAGCCAAUCCUUGUGUAAGACGCAAGUGACCCGCAAUGCUACACCAAUGUAAGAGGAGAUGCUACUCACAGGCUGGUGGAUCCAGGUGUUGAGCCUUUGAUGACACUUCCAGAUAGGAUGACAGCCAUUAUUGCACCAGUUCACCAACUUGGGAGGGGGGGGCGUUUCAUGAAGGAGAAACACAGCUUUAAAUGAGUCACCCCACCACCAUGCAAUAAAAUAAUACUUUGUGCAAAAUCAGUUUUAAGAAAUGCUGUGUUCUUUCCCCCUCAUUACAAGGAAUUAAAUUAAUACGCGUGUUCCAGCCAAUUGCAAAAGCGGGUAGGGAUCAAAUUUUGUAAGGUGGGGACAUGCUAGAUAUGGGUUCUCUUGGAAGCCCUGUGGCAUGCUAUCUUUGGGCAGAUGCCUGGAUCUGGGGGAAGCCAGCUCCAAUCCAAAAAAGGUCUGCAACCCCACUUACCUACGAGUAAGCCUCAUUGAAUUCAAUAUAUUUCCCUCCACAAAAAUCCUAUCCUGCCCUUCUUCCCAAAAGAGCAGAGGGGGGCAAUCACCAAAGCAUUAAAACAAUUUUUUAAAAGCUAUUAAAAUAGCAAGUAAUCUGAAACUUACUUCAGAGUGAGUCCCAUUGAAAGGAAGAGCUGGCUACCACAACCUCAAGUCCCACUGCUUUCAGUUAAAGAAGCUUGCAUACCCUGAAAUGAAAGGGGGGAGAUGGGCAUGACCCAGUACCACAUAGACACACAUCCAAGAGCCAAGGUUCUUGACCGCAGUGCCCUCUGCCAAGCAGACAUCCUGAGUGGGUUGCCUUGUAAGGGUCCCUAAGGCAGCUACAGGGUUAUUGAUAAAAUAUUGCAGUUCAGAAAAUAAUGGAAAGUGUCUGAAAAGGACAGCUGCUAAGGACUUUUAGCACUGUGCUUUGAACCCUAUGGAAGGAGCUGGCUCCUAACAUUCCUGAAAAAAGAGACUUUCGACCUGCAUUCUCAUUACCUGCCUCUUGAGGAUUCAAUGCAGCUGGCACCAACUUGGGACCCUCCAGAUGUUUUGGGCUACCAUUCCCACUGGGAGUCAAUUCAAAACAUCUGGGGGCACCAGGCUGGCAAACACUGGUUUAGUGUCUUCCCUUUUUAAACAGCUUCUUGUUUACGUCACUAAAGGAAACCUAAGCCUUGCCCAAAUACUUUCCAGGAGAGAGAACGUCAGCUGAGCGUAACUCUAGGAUGUUAACUGUAGUAAACGCGCGGCCACUUUUCUCUCUCUCUAAACGACACGUCAGAAAGGCCAAGGACUCGCUACCCAGCAAAUCCCCACAACUGGUUCUGCACUGCCAGAUGAGUCCCAUUCCCCUGCAGCAAUCGCCCAAUCUGGAGGGGUUACCUGCACUGAUGCACAUGCCACAAAAAAGAGCACAUUUGUGCUCUCUCCUCUGCAGCAACCAGCUUCAAUAAUCCAGUCUGGUGACGAUGCCGUGGCCUUCAAGUCAGCCACCCACCGUGUCUUGGGAUCCUUGCCUUCCACUGCCUCCAAAAAGAACUGCGGUGGAAACAGGAACUCUAACCCAAUGGAGGAUUAUCAGCAAAUGUUAAUAAAUGCAUCAUACCUGCCGCUGGCCACACAAUGCUGAUUGGGACCAGGGUGGGGGCAGAUGGGCGAAGGUGAGAGCACAUGCUCUGCCCCCCCCCCCCCAUUUUCUGGAGAGAACAAAACAUUUAAAACUGGGUUUGCCAACCUGUUGGGACCAGCAAGCACACUGGAAAGAAAGUGCUGUGAGCGCCAGUUACAAAAUGGCUGCUGUGGGGUGUGGCCUAACACAAAAUGGAUUAUUUACUUUUGAUGGGUAGCAUGUGAGGUACUGGCAGGCACAUUGGUGUCGUGGUGGGGAGCCCUGAUUUAAAAGAUGCUGUUCUCAUUAAGUCUGUAGCAGAAAUACAGGCAGCGGAGGGGACAAGUGGAGAGAGAGCCCAGUUGAACCAUCCGACAGAAGUAUUAACUGAUGUAUGUCUUGGGACAACUUGUGGUGCUGAUGUUUAUUUCACUUACCUCAAGUUUCUUUUAAUAAAAAAAAUUCCAACCAUCA